AUGUGCUACAGUGGCCGUCCCGUGGGUGGAAACAGUGACCGCAUCCAGAAGCUUCGGAAGGAGUAUUAUCAGGCUCGAAGAGAAGGGUUCCCUUUGUAUGAAGAUGAAGAGGGACACACACGGCCAUCUGACCAUGACCUCCGCUGGGUGUCUGGAAAGGGUCCAGAUGGAAGCACACACACCCUUCGCUUUGAAGGGAUGGAGCGGCAGUAUGCAUCCUUACCCAGGGGAGGCUCAGCAGAUCCUGUGGACUACCUGACAGCAGCACCCCGAGGGCACUACAAUGAAAGAGAGCUUCCAUACUACCCAGGGCCUCAUCCUGUACAACCCCUAAGGGGGAGCUAUUCCCGCCCUCCAGAUCUGAGGAUGGCAGAUCUCCGAUAUCCACAGUACUACCCACGCCCACCAGCCCAUCAGCACAAAGGACCCUUCAGACAGGAUGUUCCACCUUCCCCACCUCAGCACCAGAGAGUUCCAGUCUACCAGGAGAUGGGCAGAGCAGGGCCUCAAGGGGGCAGCCCUGACCAGCACCCCUAUCGUAACCAGGACCCCAGGCAGAAGAACCCCAUGACUGCAGCAGUAUAGCUGAACAUUACAGAGAUCUACCAAGCAAGGAAGACACCAACACCACCUUUGCCCUUGCUAGACACCUCCAGGUGAAGGUGUCCCAUGGUACAGAGUGGCUCUUGGUCCUUGAGGAUGUGACACUUGACUGAUGAUCAGAAGAGAAAAAAGGGGGGACAAGGGUUUGGGGGUGUGGAUUCAAAAGGAAGAAGGGGUGGGGUCAUAAAAACAGAACUUCCUGAUACUUGAAAGGCUUGAAGAAUUGGUUGGUUGGAAAAGAGUGGCAAUUGAUUAAGAAUCCAUGGAGAUACACUAUAGUAAACCCUGGCUAGAAUGCCAGCUGGUUACAACCCCCCACCCUAUCACUACACAUAGCACAGGUAGCUAUCUUGGCCAGGCUUUGUCACACACUCAGAGACUCACUCUCAGUCCUGUCCUUGGAGCUGUGCCUACACAGUGGCAGAGUAGAAAGGCUCCAAUUACGGCCAUGUUCAUAAGCACAGUGUCUCCACUGAGAACCAAGUAACAAUAAUCAUGACCAAUGAGUGACCUCUGAGAUGUUCGAUCCGAAGGAAGGCUGAAUUUAUUUAUUUAUAGUCUACCUUUAGUUCUUGGUACUACUUGUUUGGUACAAAGCUUUCACAUUCCCUUGCUUUUGACAGAAAAGCCAGUAUUAGUGUCCUGGGAGGAUGUGCAAAGCUGUGAGGGCUUCCAGAAGGAACACAUUCCCGCCAGAACCACAGUGAGCAGGUGAAGAGGGUUGACUGUCCCUUAGUCCUUGCUUUCCUCUCCUCCAGGCCCUGGCAUGCUUGCUUGGAGAUGGCUCAUUUCAGAGUCCUCCCCAAAUGCCUAUAAUUAUUUUAACUGAGACCUCUACUUUUAGAUUUCCACUCAAGGAGUAAAGUAUACAUGUGAGUGUGAUGGGUAAGGAAAAGUGAGCCUGCUGGUCAGGCCACACAGGAAGCAAUGUCCUAGGGAUGUCUGUGCCAGACUCAGUGCCAAACAGUACCUAUCUGCCCCUGGGUCAGUGAGGAAACUGGUCACCAGCAAUGAAUGUGUGUGUGUAUGUAUGUGUGUGUGUGUGUGUGUGUGUGUGUGUGUGUGUGUGUGUUUUCAAACACAUGUGAUUACCAGUAUAGAGAGGAGAAGAGAAAAUUGCCUUCUGGAAGUUUGAUGAGGAAGGAAUCAGAGGAAGUAAAGGGAGAAGAAAUUAAGAUUAAAUCAGUGUGCAUCUGCUUUAUCUCAUUAACAAAUGUCAGGGCAAAGCCAAGGUCUCCACCUGAUUUAAAAGACAAAGAAAAAAGCUUUCUGGCUAGAGAAAGCUGCAAAGCCGCUCUUCCUUCCUUUGAGCUUUUCUACGUAUCCAACAGAGCAUCCGAAAUGUCCAAGCUGAUCCAAAUGGGAACACAUACAAAAAACUGAGAAAUGGCAGACACGGCCGGGCCAGCACUGUGAAUGUCUCAGUAACUACUGAGAACUUUAAGCCACUCACAUUCCCUCUUCAUUCCCCUCCCCAAAAGGUCUUUAGUUCAAUACAGACAUAUUUUGGCUGAGAGUAGAAUACCACUGACCGACAGAAUUUACUGAAUUACAGUAUUCUAAAACACAUAGAGUAGCCAUCUGGCCCUAUUUAGUCUUUUUUUUUUAUUAUUCUUUUUUUGUUACCAAGAAUAAUGCAACCACUGGUUUUAGACGUAAAUAGUGUCAUUUGCUAGACUCCAAGAGAGGUCAUUAUCUAAACCACAAUUACUGUGGCCCUCUGAAAAAAUUGACUGUCAAGUUGCUUUUUGUCAUCUGCCAUCUCUCUUCAGCCAGUGCCCUUCCAUCAUAUGUAAUUUGUUCAGUGGGGUGGAGGACCUCAGGCAGGCCCUGCCCAACAAGGCAUUGUGGCUAUGCUGUAGGGUCCCUGGCCACCCUGCUGAACAGGGCCUUUCCUCUGAGCCAAGGAACCCUGAAAGAAAAUGAUAGAAUGAAGGAAAUGCAACUUUUGGGAGAAAGCAUUAGAUCAACUCGUAAGCCAGGCAUGGUACCACGUGGCAGAGAAUCCCAGCACUCAGGAAGUCAAGGCAGGCAGACUGCAAGGUGGAGGUAAACCUGAACUGCAGGAUGAGUUGAAAACCAUCCUGGACUGUAUGACAAGACCCUGUAGGUUUUUUUGGGGGGAGGGGGUAGAUUGUUUUUGGUUUUUUAAACAUUACUCUUCAGUGUGUUCUAUAUUUUACUCAAAUUUCUAUAAAGCACUGAUUCUACCCAAGGAAGAAGUUUCCCCUUGCAGGAAGGGUGGACCACUUACAGAUGAGCCAUAGGUAGGUGACAAUGGCGUGCUGUAGAGAAGUGGCACUGCAGAUGACUGCUCAUGUUUCUGGGUCCAGCAUUGACACUUUGAGCACACAGCACCCUAUAUGCAGGUUUCAGAAAAUCUGCUUCAGACCUUGGCUUUGUGUUGUACACAUAGUCCAUCCAAUAAUUGCUAAUCCUGAAAGGCCCUCGGAGGCUCAAAGGUAUUAUUAAAGAGAACAAAAAAGAGGUGAUAACAGCUUUCUUUUCUUGCUUAAAAGUAUAGCAGUUGCUGCAUUUGACCCUGCCUUAAAGAACUAACAUUAUAUUUGUGACGGAGGCUGCAUCAAGCCAAGCAACGGUUAAGAACAGCUUGGGCAGUAAGAUUUAUAAUAUUUGAGUAGUACUCUCCGUCUGACUUGUCUCCUCUCCACAGCUCCAGGACAAUUAUUCUGGGGUGCUAUGAGAACAGGUGGCUAUCUGGAAGUCCAGGUUAUAAUCAGCAGGUUCCCAGAAGAAGGGAAUAGCUACCAGGAUAUUUGUAACCUUGAGAAAACUCAUUCGAGUAUCUCUCUAUAAUGGGGAACAGAGAGAAAAGUUUAUCAAGACCUACAAACCUGCUCCUUGGCCAUCCAGCUGCACCUGUCCUCUUUCCUCCCUUUCCUCCAUGACUAGAAAGAUAAGAGAGAACAGACCACUGGAAACCUUUAGUCCCUAGAGAACUCAGUCUUCCACAAGAGAGAGAAACACAGCUCAUUGAUCCACCACCACUCCUCUUGGCUUAAUAUUGUUUCCCUCCAGAGUUGAAUCAGUGAACAAACAAAAGACCAUUUUCUUAAAUCAUGAUUCCAUAGCAAACAAAGCUUAGAAAAAAUUAUUCUAAAACUCCUUAUUCUGAGACUUUUCAGAACAUCUAUGUUGAACCCACAGGACCUCAUGAAGCAAAAGUCUGAUGUAUUCAGUAGCAUUGUGGAGAAAGAAAGCCUUGGAGGCUUUAUUGGAGCCUUAUUUCUGCUGCCGACAGAAUAAAAUUAAAACAAGGUCCACUGUCCUGAAUUAUUUUUAGCUAAAUCUAUCUUGUGAAGGAAAUCUUCCUGCAACUUUAGAAUCAGAGAGCUGGUUCCUCUGUUCCCUAGUCCACAGAGGGACCAAGACUAUAAAGAGUAAUUACUUUUCCCCCUCACUGAAAAUCAACAGCAUUUGGCUUUGUUUGCUUGCUGCUUAGUGUUUGAGCAAUGUUACUGGGCUGCAGGCCUGUGGAAGGAAUGGAAAAGUGGUUGAUAAAGGAAUAUUUCUCUGUAAAAUUCCCAUCUGCAUUAAACUCUGAGAUCCAUUGUGAGUGACUUUCCAAUUGGUGUUAAAUUGGGUAGACAUUCCAUAGCUCCCUGGCCCAUGUUGACAGUAAGAAAGUCCAAGUUCCAUGCCAUUAGGCAGGACAGAGUUCCGUUUAGACAAGUCCAUAAUAGUGUUUCUCCACCUCAGUUCACAUCAACUUUGUGUAGAAAUGAGGCUACAGGGAGAUGGGAAAAGGGAUUCUCCAUAUGACACCCCUACAAAGUCGCCUUUCUGCUAACAGGGACAGCAAAAAAGUUAGAGAUCUAAAACUAAGCCAGGAUUCUCACGUGGAACCAUGGCUUCUAAGUGUUAACUCUUUGUCCCUCCUCUCCUUAUAUAGGCAUGCAAUCACCCACAGCCUGGCUUCUAAAGUUGGGUUUGGUUACUAAGCUCAGAGUGGGAAGUGAACCAUUCCCAAAGAUUUGAGCCCAUCUCUUGAUCUUCAGAAACUGUUCCGUUCCAUCUGCAAUGCUAUUUACUACUGGAAUAUAAAACAAAACCUGUUGUUUAUACCCUCACUUUCUCUAGUCUUUCCUGUUCUUUUAUGAUUACCAAGUCAUCUGUUCUUACAUUCUAAAGAUAAAUUAUGUGAAAUCAUAUUUUGUCAUAUGGGGAUGGAGAGUGAAUUCUUUACAAACUUUUUAAUAUGAUCCCAUUUAUAUCACUGAAGACAUUUUGGAUGUUAUUGUAUAUGAGUAUAUAAAUUUUCAUGUUUUAUUUUGCAUUAAAAUAAAGCUUUAUUCAAUCAGUGAG